AUGACAAAUGAAGACAUCAAAUGGACUCAUUUUCACUUCUUGAGCUACUGGAAGGCUGUAAUUCAAUCUUCUCAGUCACUUGUCUUCCAUAAAACUGAAGACUGUAGAGUAAAACAAAAAGUUAACAACAACAACAACAAAACCAUAAUGGAAGAAGCAGAGCCUUCUGCAGUGGAGGUCAAUGAUGAAAAUGGUGUUUCUUUGGAGGUAUCAAAGCUAGAGAAAGAUUACUGGGCAGAAAAUGGUCAGCGACACUUUGUAAAGGCACUUCAUAUUUCAUAUUUAGCACAGAGAAUGAUCACCAAAGACUACCAACAUGUUCUUUCUACAUAUUUUGCCAUUCAUGAGAUCAACAAGAACAUUAAGCUGUUACCCAAUACUACGCUAGAAAUAGAUAUUUUUGAGCAUAGUUUUAUAGAAAAUUUUGCCAUUCAGAACAUUCUAAAUUUUCUUUUUUUUAAGCAAGGGAAUGCAUUAAACUACAACUGUGUCAGAAGGAUGAAAAGCAAGCUCUGGGAUGUCAUUGGUGGCAUCACCUCUCACAGCUCUAUCCACAUAGCCCACAUUUUGAACACUUACAAGAUUCCACAGCUCAGUUAUGGCUCUUUUGACCCAGUUCUGAGUGAUAAAAGACAGUUCCCAUCCUUCUUCAGCAUGGCUCCCAAUGAACAUGUACAAUAUGAGGGGACUGUUCAUUUACUGAAACAUUUUGGAUGGAGCUGGAUUGGCCUUUUAAUAUCAGACAAUGAAAGUGGGGAAGGAUUUCUUCAAAAUCUCCAGCCAAAGCUCUUGAAGAAUGAUAUUUGCAUUGCUUUUAGGGAAUUGAUCCCAGUAAUCAAAACUCUCAAAUUAGGUGAAGAUAUUUUUACCCGACUAGAGGACAUAAUAAUUGCUAUUUCAUUGACUAAAACGAAUGUGUUCCUUGUUUCUGGAGAUAUGCAAUCCAUGAUGAGUUUACAGAUGAUUCUCCGAAACACUGAAUCAAUGAAUUGGCCAAUGGAUCACCGAGUGUGGGUCAUAAGUUCUCAGUGGGAUGUCACUGCUGUUUACUUGAGACAGAAUAAACUCCCAGCACAAAUCUUGAAUGGUUCCUUAUUUUUCUCACUGCACACAAAUAUAGUCCCGAGAUUUCAGGAGUUUUUUGAAAAAAUGAACCCUUAUUUUGAUUCCUUUCUUUUUCUUGAUUGGUUCUGGGCAUCUGCAUUUCAUUGUACCAUACCCCCCUAUUACAAUGGAGAAAAAUACUGCACUGGGUAUGAAGAACUGGGGAGACUCCCUGGAUCUUUGUUUGAAAUGACCAUGUCUGGAGAGAGCUACAAUAUUUACAAUGGGGUUCAUUCUGUAGCACAUGCCCUGCAUGCAAUUCAUUCCACAAGAGCAAAUCCAGCUUUUCUGAGAAAUCAGAUCAGAGAAAAUCUCUGGGAUGUUCAACCCUGGCAACUCCACCACUUUUUGAGACAUCUCCGUUUUAAUAACAGUGCAGGUGAUGAAAUCUUUUUUGAUGAAAAGGGAAACUUUGACCCUGGAUAUGAUAUCCAGAACUUGGUCACAUUCCAUAAUAAUUCCUUCCAGAGACUCCAGGUUGGAAGAAUGGAUUCCAGAGCCCCCAAUGGGAAAAAGUUCAGCAUCAAUGAAGAUGCCAUUCGGUGGCAUCACAAAUUUCAGCAGGUACCUCCUCGUUCCAAGUGUGUUGAGAGCUGCCAUCAGGGAUGCAUGAAAGUCAUUCAAGAGGGGGCACAAGUUUGUUGUUACAAUUGCAUUAAGUGCCCCGAAGGAAGAAUCUCAGUCCAAAUUGAUGCUGACCAAUGUAAGAGAUGCCCAGAAGAUCAGUAUCCCAAUGAAGCAAAGGAUCAUUGCCUUCCCAAAAGUUUCAGUUAUUUAUCCUACGGUGAACCCUUGGGGGUCACUUUGACUUCCUUGAUUCUUUUCUUUUCGGGAACCCUCAUUUUAGUGUCAAUGACUUUCAUCCUGCACUGGGAGACCCCCAUUGUCAAAGCCAACAACAGGAACAUCACCUGCAUCCUUCUUUCCUCUCUCCUGCUUUGUUUUCUCUGCUCACUGCUGUUUAUUGGCUGGCCUGGGGAGGUGACUUGUUUUCUCAGGCAAACAAUAUUUGGCACUGUUUUCUCCAUUUCUAUUUCCUGUAUCUUGGCUAAAACCAUCCUGGUAGUUUUGGCCUUUGUGGCCUCUAAGCCAGGAAACCAGAUGAGGAAGUGGCUAGGGAGAAGACUUGCAGGAUCCAUCACUGUCAUCUGCUCCUUCAUUCAAGUUGUGAUCUGUGUAGUGUGGUGGAUCACAUUUCCUCCCUUCCCUGAAUUUGACAUGGACUCCCAAAUGGAUAAGAUCAUUGUGCAAUGUAAUGAAGGCUCCGAUUUCAUGUUUUAUAUCGUCCUGUGUUAUUUGGGACUUUUGGCUAGUAUCAGUUUCACUGUGGCUUUCUUUGCAAGGAAAUUGCCCGAUACCUUUAAUGAAGCCAAGCUGAUCACCUUCAGCAUGCUUGUGUUUUGCAGCGUUUGGGUGUCCUUCAUCCCAGCUUAUCUUAGCACCAGGGGAAAAUACAUGGUGUCUGUGGAGAUCUUCUCCAUCUUGGCCUCUACUGCAGGUCUACUGGGUUGCAUCUUUCUCCCCAAGUGCUACAUUAUUCUCCUGAAGCCACAUCUAAACACAAAAGAACAUUUGUCCAAGAGAACAGUUUAA